CUGCUUAUAUUACAACUUUUGCUCGCAGUAGGUGUGACAGACGCUCGAGCGCAGAUAAUGUUACAUGCCGACGAGAGGGAUUCAAUCAGGAGAGGCGCACGGUUGGCUCAAUUUGGGAUUCGAACUGGCUUUGGGGUGCCACGAAGGGACGAGGUUAGCUAGCACCUCGUAGAUGAUCUUAUUUUCAAAAUGAGGUUAAGAGUUGGAUUUAUUCUUCGUAGUGCAAUAGUUAUUGCCACAUUCUUAGGGCUUGUGGUGCUUUGGUCUUCCCUUUCGCCGAAAGAGCACGACGAAAAUCCCUUUGCUAAACGGGAGGGAGAUGCCCCUAACCUCUUGCCAAAGAAUGACAUUGCUGACCAGUUCAAACCCGUGGUCCCCUGGCCCCACGUGGAAGGGGUCGAGGUGGACCUGGACUCCAUCCGACAGAAGAACAGAGGAGACGACAAGCUGGUUCUUGGCAAACCAGCCGGAGGUGCUCAGAACCAGCAGAAUGUCAUCCAGAAACAGUAUGUCACCUUCAAGCCCCACACCAAUGUCUACUCGGCACCCGUCCUAAGGAAGGGGACCCUGGGGAACUUUGAGCUCAAGGAGCCGGAGCCCCACGGGGUGCAGGAUGGGCCUGGGGAGGGGGCGAAGCCGUUCGUCCUGGGAGCGGAGUACCAUGAUGCCGCCCAGGCCAGCAUUAAGGAAUUUGGCUUCAACAUGGUGGCCAGCGACAUGAUCUCCCUAGACAGGACCAUCAGUGACAUUCGCCAUGAAGAGUGUAAGUACUGGCACUACGACGACAACCUGUUGACGUCCAGUGUCAUCAUCGUGUUUCACAACGAGGGCUGGUCCACCCUGAUGAGGACGGUCCACAGCGUCAUCAAGAGAACGCCCAGACGAUACCUGGCCGAGAUCGUCAUGAUCGACGACUUCAGCAACAAAGUGCACCUGAAGGAGAGACUAGAAGAGUACAUUAAGCAGUGGAAUGGCCUGGUCAAACUGCACCGCAAUGAGAAGCGAGAGGGCCUCAUCCAGGCUAGGAGUAUAGGAGCCCAUGUAGCCACCCUGGGACAGGUUCUUAUCUAUUUAGACGCUCACUGUGAAGUCGCUGCCAACUGGUACGCUCCUCUGGUGGCCCCCAUAUCCAAGGACAGAACGGUAUGCACUGUACCUCUGAUAGAUUAUAUAGACGGCAGUGAUUAUACCAUAGAGCCCCAGCAAGGUGGUGAUGAGGACGGGCUGGCCCGGGGAGCCUGGGACUGGAGCCUGCUGUGGAAGAGAGUGCCUCUCUCCAGCAGGGAGAAGGCUAAGCGAAAGCAUAAGACCGAGCCUUAUCGGUCUCCUGCCAUGGCUGGGGGGCUGUUUGCCAUUGAGAGGGACUUCUUCUUUGAGCUGGGCCUCUAUGACCCAGGACUGCAGAUCUGGGGAGGGGAGAACUUUGAGAUAUCCUAUAAGAUCUGGCAGUGUGGUGGCCAGCUGCUCUUCGUGCCGUGCUCCCGCGUGGGCCAUAUCUACCGCCUACAGGGCUGGCAGGGCAACCCACCCCCUGCUCACGUUGGCUCCUCGCCCACACUUAAGAACUAUGUGCGUGUGGUGGAGGUUUGGUGGGACGAGUACAAGGACUACUUCUACGCAAGCCGGCCGGAGACCCUCACCCUGGCCUACGGGGACAUCAGCCAGCUCAAGAAGUUCAGAGAGGAGCACCGCUGCAAGAGCUUCAAGUGGUUCAUGGAAGAAAUUGCCUAUGACAUCCCCAUGAACUACCCACUGCCUCCCAAAAACGUGGAGUGGGGAGAGGUCCGUGGAUAUGAGACCAGCUACUGCAUUGACAGUAUGGGCCACACCAAUGGAGGCAACGUGGAGAUUGGACCCUGUCACAGAAUGGGUGGGAACCAGCUUUUCAGGAUAAAUGAAGCCAACCAGCUCAUGCAGUAUGACCAGUGCUUGACGAAAGGACCAGACGGGUCGGCGGUGAUCGUUACACACUGUAACAUGAACGAGAACACAGAGUGGAGAUACUUCAAGGACCUCCACAGGUUCACCCACGUCCCCACGGGGAGGUGCCUGGACCGGUCAGACGUCCUCCACAAGGUCUUCAUCGCAGACUGUGACACCAGCAAAAGCACACAAAAGUGGGAGAUGAACAAUAUUGUAGCGGUUUAAAGCUACGGCCCCACAGAGGGUACUUUACUCCUACUGGAACUCACUCAAUAGGAUAGGGCAUCGAACACUGCACUUCAACUGUCUGCUGCAUUGAGAGGUUGUGUACGUCUGAAAUGGCACAGUAUUUCCCUAUAUAGUGCACUACUUCCAGAGCCCUAUGGGCAGGGGUGUCAAUUGUGUAUGGCAGUCAACAUACACCAACUAUUUUAAAAUGGGCUACUGAAGUCAUUCCAAUCCCCAUUAAAUGGCAAAUGCAGUUUAAGCGGCUAGAGCACAUUGAGCUGAGGCAGUUUUUUUGUCUUAAAACAGUGCGGAGGUGGAAGAUUGCUGUAGAUGGCUAUGGAACUUAACUCGUUUUUAAUCCCGGUGCAGAGCUAGUGCUUAGCAGCUAAUUGCUGUAUGACAUGUUUGUAGGAAGUUAAGUCCCUUAUUGACUGGGGAAUGAAGCUACAACUAAGGUGAUAAUGGCUGGAGUCAAUUUUGCUUGUUUUCGCUCUCUCCAAAUAAUAGCUUUUUAGAGUUUUUAAAUUGUGUAGGCUUAGCUGAAAUUACACCCCUACUGGAGGGCCCUGGUCAAAAGCAAUGCACUAUAUAGGGGAUGCUGUGCUCUCUCAACCAUGUCCCACGGAAGAUACUCCUCCGCACACACACUUGGAUAAUGGACCUUUUUUCAGUUGUAGAUGUUUACACGUUCUUGCUCUUCUCUCGCUCUUUACAUCUUAUUGGGGUCUUUGGGCUAUUACUCAGGGGUCGGAGAAUUUUUCUAACUUUAAAAAAACAUUGGUGGCGGAUUCAUUAAUCGAUGUGCAGAAUUGAACAUUCAACAAUUCAAAACCACUUCUAGUAGUCGUGUCAUAAACUGCCCACUAGCUAGGUUUUUAAGAAUCCUGUUUUUGAAAACUGCAAUGGAUUAUAACCUGGUCUCAGAUCUGUUUGUACAAUGACCCAUAGGUGUUUAAUUGGCAAGAAAGCACAAACAGAUCUGGGACCAGGCUAGAUGGAUAAGUCCACUCAUGAACACUGGAUGUUUUGAAAGGAUUUACUACUUCAAUGAUGUUGGUCUUAGGCACAGUGAAAUUCCAAAAGCUUGAAUUUAACAUGUUAGCUGUAACUGGUGAAUUUCAAAUGGCUAUAUAAAGGGUUUGUUUUUAUUGUUUUUAUAUAUUUCCAGCUUGGUAUGUAAAUGUUGUUGAAUGAUGACUACAAAGCAACCAGAAUCAGACACCAUUUUGUUCAAAGCAAAAUUAAAAAAUGUGUUUUCUUUGGGGUAUGAUGUGAUAUGUAUGCAUUUUUAUAAUGUAAAUAGGUUUAUUUCUAAAACAGAGCUAUGCAGUGAGCCUUGGAUGAAGGUGUACAUAUCUAACUUAUAAGAAAAUAUUGGCUCGAACUGUACUCGUCAUGGCAAUAAAUUGAACCUUUUUACUAACGA